CUAUGAGAAACCUCCCCCAGGGCUAAUUAAGGAGAAUGAAACAAAACCAGAAGAUUGCAUACCUGACGUACCAGGCAAUGAAAGUGCUCGAGAAUUCCUGGCACAUGCCCCAACAAAAGGGCUUUGGAUGCCUUUGGGAAAAGAAGUCAAAGUCAUGCAGUGUUGGAGAUGUAAACGUUAUGGACACAGGACAGGAGAUAAGGAGUGCCCGUUCUUUAUUAAAGGCAAUCAGAAGCUGGAACAAUUUAGAGUAGCACAUGAAGAUCCAAUGUACGAUAUAAUAAGGGAAAAUAAACGUCAUGAAAAAGAAAUGAGGAUACAGCAACUGAAGCAGCUCCUAGAAGACUCUACCUCAGAAGAUGAUGAUAACAGUGAUGAGGAGGAUGAAAGUGGCAGUAGCUCUACUUCCUCAGAAUGUAGAGAUAAACACAAGAAAAAAAAGAGAAAGAAAGAAAAGAAAAAAAAAGAAAAGAAGAAGAAGAAAAAGAGAAAGCGUAAGUCAUCUAAAUCUAAUGAGAAGUCGGAAUCUGACUGA